UAUGGGCUAAGGGACGGGAAGGCUCGCCACGGGAACUUCACCAAACGCGGCUGCGCCGAGCGCAUGCACCCCACUUGUCAACCAGCCGUGACAGUAAGAAGCCCCUAAAACCAAGUCAUCCUUCAGGAUGGACGACUUUUGGAGGACCCCGCUCCCCUCGCGCUUCUUCAGCUCGCCAUGUCGCUGCUUGCACAGCUGUACGCGCUGCGAUGGCUCAUUCUCCCUGCCGUCUUCGCUCUGUAUUUUGCGGAGAGAUAUCGUAAAUACAACCGCCUGCGGCAUUUCAGCGGUCCUUUCGGCACAGGAUGGUCCGAGUUCUGGCACUCGCGGGUGAUUUUGGGCCUGCAAUCGCAUCUUGCAUACAAAGAUGUCAACGACAGGCAUGGUCCUAUCGCUCGAGUUGGGCCUAAUGAGUUGAUUACCUCGUCGCCUGAGUUGCUCGCGCACAUGAACGCGGUUCGCUCGCAAUACACUCGAUCCUAUUGGUUCAAUGCUGCGACGCGCGUUGUGCCAGGCAAGGACCAUUUAUUCAGUGAACUCGAUGAAGGAAAGCACACCAAGCGUAGACAGCAGAUGGCUGCUGGUUAUUCGGGGAAAGAAAACUCGUCGUUGGAGCCGGACAUUGACGGUCAGCUGCAGGAGUUGCUUCACUUGAUUCGCAGCAAGUACAUCUCCACACCUGCAGUGUCGAAGCCAAUGGAUCUUGCGCGCAAGGUUCAGUAUUUCACUCUGGAUGUCAUCAGUACCAUUGGUUUUGGUGAAGCAUUCGGCGAUCUCAAAGCUGAUGCGGACUUAAAUGAGUACAUCGAGUCCGGCGAACAAGGCCUGUUCAUCGUGGCGGUGUCCACUGCGCUCGGUCUGACCAAGUACAUGCAAUGGCCUCCCAUCGCGCGUCUACUUGGGCCAUCAGAGAAAGACAAGAGCGGCUUCGGUAGGAUGAUUGGUGUAGCCCGUAAGCUCAUUGACUCACGGCUCGAGAAAUCAAUGACAGGUCGCUCGGAUAUGUUGGCAUCUUUCAUACACCAUGGAGUCCCAAGGGAAGACCUUCUUACGGAAUCUUUACUGCAAAUCCUUGCUGGGUCUGACACUACUGCUACGGCGAUCAGAGCAACCAUGCUAUAUCUCAUUGCACACCCUCGCAUCUACCGUCGCCUGCAGGCUGAAGUGGAUGCGGCCGUACGCUCAGGCUCGGUCGCAUCUGGUAUCGUCCAGGACGCUACUCUGAAAGGCUUACCGUACUUACAAGCAGUGGCUCGAGAAGGUCUGCGUAUCUUCCCUCCUGUGACCGACGUUGUGCCCAAAAAGGUACCCGCAGGCGGCGACCGCGUCACCGUAGAAGGUAAGCAAUACUAUCUGCCAGGAGGCACAGAUAUCAGCUACAAUGCAUGGGGCGUACACCACGAUAAAGCUAUGUUCGGCGAGGACGCAGACUUAUUCAGGCCCGAGCGCUGGCUGCUCGAAGAGAACAAGGCGAAUGAGGAGAGGCUGACUGCAAUGCGGCGCACUACCGAGCUGAUCUUCGGGUACGGAAAGUAUCAGUGCCUCGGGAAGCCUAUCGCUUGGCUGGAGCUCACGAAGGUCUUGUUUGAGUUUAUGCGCCACUUCGACUGGGCUUUGACUCAACCUGAAAGUCCAUGGAAGUCGACAAACUACAAUGGUAUCUGGGUGCAGGAGCAGAUGUGGGUGCUCGUCACUGAGCGAGAACAAGUCGCCUAGUCAAGGUGUUGGAAGGGAAUUUUGGAAGCGAGACCUUGGAGACUAAGCGUGCAACUACAAUAGGAGCACCAACAUAAUUGACAUGAAUUACCAGUA